AUGACCAGCAACUCGCUCAACGGUUCCCGUGCCCGGGACGACGCCCUGCGCCAGCCUCUGCUCGGCCGCGGCAAGCCUCCGUCGUCUCUGGCGGCCCGAUGCCGUCGACGCAUGACGGCCGACGUCUCGUGCUCCUGGGCCGACCUCGUCCUGCUCCUCUGCUACGUCGUCACCGGCCUGCUGGAUAGCGCCUCGACGCAGGUCUGGGGCGCCUUUGUCUCCAUGCAAACUGGAAACACCGUCUACGUCGGCCUCGGCCUCGCCUCCCUCGUCUUCCCGCCCACAACUCCCCGUCUCUACCGCUCCGGCGUCUCCCUGCUCUCCUUCUGCGUCGGCUCCUUUCUCUUCGCCCGCUUCCACCGCUUCUUCUCCCCCAAGCGUCGCUGGGUCCUCUGCGCCUCCUUCGCCGCCCAGACGGCCCUGACCGUCGCCGCCGCCCUCAUCGUCGCCGUCGCACCCCCCGCCCGCGAGGAUUCCGUCGACUGGACCGUCCUGCUGCCCCUCGCCCUCGUCGCCUUCCAGAGCUGCGCCCAGGCCGUCACCAGCAGGGCCCUGCGUUACAACGCCCUGACCAGCGUCGUCCUCACCAGCAUCUACUGCGACCUCUUCUCCGACCAGCAACUCUUUGCCCUCGCCAACGUCGAGCGCAACCGCCGCGCCGCCGCGCCCUUGUUGCUUCUUGCCGGGGCCGUCGCCGGCGGUCUCCUGUCGCACAGCUCCCUGGGCAUCGGCGGCGCUCUGUGGCUUGCCGCUGCCCUCAAGUUCUGCAUGGUCGUCGCCUGGUUCUUCUGGCCCGCCGAGCCGGAAGAGGACCUCGUCGACGAUGAGGCGCGGUAG